AGUACUCUACAGACACGCGCCAGCCGGGGAAGUUUGAAUAUUAUGAUGAUAAAAAAAUAUUUGAGGAUGUAUGAAAUAGUUGAGAUUUUGCCUUCGGUUUGUCUGCAUUUUUGUGUGUUUGGCGAAUCGUUCGAUGAGAAAAAAAGAACUCAAAGUACGUUGGACGGAAGUCACUGUCAGUGAUACCAGUUGUGGCUUUUCGUCGCGCACCAACCGGACGGCCAACGUCGUGAUUCGACACUGCUUGACCAAUUCCGGUCACCCUCUGUGUGUCGCUCAGUGAAGUAAAAGUGCUCAUUUUGGCAGACCCGUGGCGCGAGUGAUAAUUAAAUUACCUCAAAAGCUAGAACGGCUGGUGUGUGUCUUGACCUACAUCGCAGAUCUCAUUUCCCCCACUCGGGGACCCAAGGCAUCAAGGCCUAACACAGUGUGAGGCAGGGAUUAAGGACAAACGAGUUUGGCGUGGUCGUCGUAGUCGUCGUCGUCGUUAAGGAUACUAAUUACACGACCACAAACAACAAAAUCAUCAACUAGUGCACAACCCGGAGAGCCCUCCAAACCCGAACCCGAUUCGAUUCAGCAGUUGGCGGGAGCUGUUGACGGCGGCGCUCGCCGGCACCAUGAAGAUGUGAUGCAUACAGCAUGUUUGCCCAAUCGUCAACAUCCGAGGAUUUAUGUAACGACGACGAAAAAGUCUCACCAUCAUCCGGCAGCUUUCCGACAACAUUGUUGACAUCACCAAUCACCUCCAACGGAAGCCGACGGACAUUCCACCAACCGCUCGAAGACCAUCAGCUGUCUUGACCAGCAACAGCACCAUUCCGCACACGGCUCAGACACAACUGCGACAUUCCCAGACUCACCCUUUGCCACCGUCCCGCCAACUGGACGGGACAAAAACACAACAACAAAAAACGAACGCCGCAACCUAGCAUCAAUCGUCCGAUAAUUAAUUGACACAGUUUCGCGCUUAAUUGAUGGUCCAUCUUUGGGUCCCGGAGAUCGCUCGUGGAGCAGGCUACGGCCUUACCGACACCAGUGGCGACCAGGAGCGGGACGCCAACGAAAACGGAGAGAAAAUGCUAAAGGAUCUCAUUGCGACCGAAGCGGUGACACCUGAAAAAUGUGCCGGAUGUGGAGUCCCCAUAAGAGAUCGGUACUACCUCCUAGUAGCUGACCGCGCCUGGCACAACCAGUGCCUGCGAUGCUGCAAGUGCCUAGCCAACCUGGAAACGGAACUGAGCUGCUACGCACGCGAGGACAACAUAUACUGCAAAGAUGAUUACUACAGACACUUCUCCUCGCGUCGAUGUGCCCGUUGCGGAUCAGGCAUCAGUGCAUCCGAGCUGGUGAUGCGUGCCAAAGAUUUGAUUUUCCACGUGAACUGCUUUUCGUGUGCGAUAUGUGGCCAAGUGCUGCGGGGAGGCGAUACGGCUGGGAUUCGCGACGGGCGAGUCUUCUGCGGCGAACAUUAUGACACCGACGUGCUCAGUGAACCAGAAACAAUUUCACCACAGUUUUACCCCGGCGGCGGCGGACACCAACCGGUGCAGGCACAGCAGCAGCAACAGUCCCACAAAGGACGACCCCGAAAGCGAAAACCUACGCCGCAACUGUUAGACCCCCAACACCAUCAGCAGCAGCAGCAACAGCAGUCACUUCAAAAUCAACCACCCUCGCAGCCUGACUCGCUGGAUGCUGGUACGCCAUUGCGAUUAGACCUGCUGCACAAAGAGCUGAACGCAAGCAAUCUGGAUCUGUCCUCGUACGACGGAAGCCAAUCGCCUGGUUCCGGUGGCACACUCACCCCCAACUGUCGGACCAAACGGAUGCGAACCUCGUUCAAACAUCACCAGCUCCGGACGAUGAAGUCCUACUUUGCGAUCAACCAAAAUCCGGACGCCAAGGACCUGAAGCAGCUGGCGCAGAAAACGGGACUCUCCAAGCGGGUGCUGCAGGUGUGGUUCCAGAACGCACGGGCAAAAUGGCGCCGGAACGUUAUGCGCCAGGACGGGAGCCUGCUGAACCCGGGCCAACCGCUGGGCGCUUUACCGUCGAUCGCGAAUGCAAGCCUGCAUCACCUGCACAAUCCGAACAUCCCAAGCAAUAAUGGCGGCAGCGAUGGGGACAUAUCCUCCAGCCAGGCCCUAGAAGAGAUGCACAAUAUGACCUUCGCCGAACUGUACUGACACAAUUUGAUGAUCAAGAACAUGAUUCUAACGAAUGUGAUCAAACUGUCCCAGGAUCAGUCUCGCCAGUCUCACGAGCAACAGACCAUCAACCAUCAACCGCGAGUGACAGCGAUGACUCAAGAGCAGCGAGCAGCGAGUGACCAAGCUGAAUCCGGAAUCGCGGACGGAAGUAUGGAAAACUGUGGGGGCGAACUGACGUCCACUUGGAGCAAUAUUUAUAACGAAUCAAAUCAGUAAGGGGUGUAUUCCGGAAGAUAAAAGCGAAGAAAAAGAGGCUACAAACGAGGCGAGGGAAGUGCAAUAGAAUUAGCAGGUGAUUACCAUCGACACUAAUUACUAGUUGUCAAGUAGUUUACGACACGCAGAGACACGAUCUAGUUGUGACAUUAUGUCUGACAGUCACGCUAUCAAUACAAAGUAUUUCACACGAGUUACAAGUUACAAUAAUUACCGUGUAGAGAGCACCGAUGCAAAUUAAUCCAUUUACGAUGGUGGCUGUUUAGGACCAGAGCAAAAAAAAAUAUAUAUUUUUGCCUACAACAAACAAAUCUUCUGGAUAAUUAUUCAAACAGCAGCCACCAUUCACAAAAGUCAAAAAGUGACAAACGCAUUCAAUCAGUAGGAAAGUGCUAAUGUACCAAUUUCUCACACCCACUCUAUCGCUAGUGUUGACUGCCCAUGUAAAUAUGCUGUAGAGCAAUUAAUUAGUGUACGAUACAGUAGGCAAACAAGAAUGAAACAUUAAUAUAUGGGUGUAAUCAGUUUAAUGCCACAUCUUAUUUGCACUUGUUUUUCAACUGAACGUAAAUUGAGGUAACGCGAAAAUGAGGCGUUUGUUCCUGCUCACCCUUGAUUCCAGCUACUGUGUGUACAUAAAUUGUAUGAUUUUUUUCUCCGCUCUCUGCAGUUCUCAACUCAGCAGACUUCGUAGGGAUAAGCGAUGUGUAAACUAUUUUACUUUUUUUUCAUUGAAUGAAAAAUUGCGAUUCAUUACGGCAUGUACAAAUUACCCGAACAAAUUAAUUUAUAAACACUAUC